UUUUCUUACCUUCUCCGAAAGUCAUGACAAGUCUCAGUGAGACUGGAGCCAGAAGGGCUGAGUGGAGCAAGAAGGAGGGAACCUGCCUGAAUCGCUCACUGAGUGGCUGAGAGCCAGGUGUUGAUUUGAAGCCGUGUGUGUGCUGAAAGAUCCCAGUGCUGAAAAAUGACUCAGUCGGUGCAAGUUAACCCUAAACUGCCUGAUCUGGGCUCUCCAUUCAUCUACUCCGGUCAGGAGGAGGCUGACCAGCCAGGCUCCUACUCUGUUCAGACUCCGUAUGGUUUCCAGCUGGAUCUGGACUUCCUCAAAUAUGUAGAAGAGAUAGAAAGUGGUCACAAUCUCCGUCGAGCACCUGUCAGCUCCCGCCGCUCGGGCAGAGGGGUAAAACUCUCCCAGAGGAGUGCUGGGGGACGUACCAGUGGCUGGACAUCCACAGAGUCUUUGGCAUCCCCGGCCAGCGAGGAUGGCAGAGCCCCUCCGCCGCCGCCACCACGCAACCGCCUUGGGUCAGCACCAUGCGAAAUGCUCUGUCUUUCCCCUGUGGCCCACCUCACUGUUCCUCCCCUGUCUGCCGGAGCCAAAGUGCCGCCACCUCCACCGCAGCGCAACCCCAGAGUGGAGCGGACUCUUCUGGAAACCAGCCGGCGGUUACAACAGGAACAAACACACCAGCACCAGAACGGUGGGCGCAUCCAGCUCGCAGAUCCUCCCAAACAGCGCUUACCCUCUCCCUCGACUCAGCCUCUGCAGAGUAGCUGGAUUAAACCCAGUCCUCAGACCUCCGGGCGCAACACUCCAGCUGCUGGUACCACAAUGACUCCAAUCCCACCCAGCCAGCUGCAAACAGUUAGAGAGCAGAUGGCUACUGCCUUGAAACAGCUGAAGGAGAUGGAAGAGAGGGUAAAGGGUGUUCCUGCGCUUGAGAAAGAGGUGGCCAAACUUCGUGCAGAGAAAGACAUGCUCCUGUUAGCCCUGCAGGAGAAGAAGGUAGCCAUAGAGUUGGCCCAGCAGAAGCAACAGUCCACAGAGUCUUCUACACAAACCACGGAGAUCCUUAAAACUGACCACAGUAUCCACAGUCGAUUGACUGCACCAACCUCACCUGGACAGAAAGGCCUCGGGAAAUCUGGUGAGCUGAAAAGGCUGACUGAGAAAUUUGAGGGGAAGGAAGAGAAAGCUACAGAACCUGCAUCCAAAGCUUUAGUAAAAGCUCCAGAAAAAGUGUCUGUUAUUGAGAAGAAAUCAGUGGCUGUAGGGGGCGACGUGCCAAUGGACUCUGUUGUUUUCUACUACAGUCAGGGUGUGAAAGAUGCUUCUGAGGGCACAGAUAUGAAUGUUUGUGAUAAAGGCACAGCAACCGAGGCCCCUCUAGUUCAUGAGGAGGGAGUACAGGCCAGUGUGGAGACAGAAGAGGCUGAGGUUUGGGUUAUGGAAUCACAACUUGGGCUGACCAGCGAGGCACAGCGGGAGAUUGAUACCUUACAGGACACCAUUAAAUUCCAGCAGGAGUCCAUUGUGGCUCUAGAGGACCGGUUGAGUGUGUCUGACAAAGACAUGGGGAUCCUUAAAGCCCAGAUGGAGGAGAAAAGCUCCAAGAUCACGUUUGAGAAAGGGGUUCUUGUUAAACCAGACAUGAAAAAUGCCCAGGUAGAGACAUUGUCUGCUGUGUUAAAACAUGCUGCAGUUCUGUGCCGUCCUGAGGUGAGCGACGCAUGUGUGGGUGAAAAUUUAACAGCAGAUCAGAUCGAACAAUUCACCCAGACUGAUGCUGUAGAGGAAACGGCAGAACCAGCUCCUGUUGCAAUGGUCAGCACUGGGUGCCAAUGGGAGAACUUGUUAGGGGAAAAGAUAGAGGAGAAGAGAGUUACAGUCCUAAAGAAGAGACAGUUGACCAUCGCUGAUUACAAGGUCUCACCAGAAGAAGAGGUGGUCAGUACAGCCGAGAAGAAAGACGACGACCAAGAAGAGAAAACUGCAGCCACCAACACCAAGACGGCAGGUCUGCUGAAAUCAAUCAUGAAGAGGAAGGAUGGGAGUAACUCGGCCGAGAAUCGCACCGCUAGCAAGAAGAGCCUGCAGUUUGUUGGCAUUCUAAAUGGAGGGUAUGAAUCUACAUCCAGUGAAGAAGAAGAGGAGGAAGAGGAGGAGGAGGAAGAAGAUGGGAGUUCUUCUGAAGAAAGUGGAGAAGGCGAGUGCUUGGACAGCACGGAGGAGGACGAGGCGGCUUUGGAGGACGAAACAUCAGAGGAGGAAAGAAACGUGAACCUGGACGAGAGCGACACUGAUGAGGAAACCCUGAGAGCCACACAUUUUUCAUCCGAUGAUGUGAAAGAGAAAUUUGAGCUGAGCUCAAAAAUGCGAGAAGCGUGCCUUAUUCUGAAGAACCACCUGAACGAUGACGUCAAAUCACUGAAGAGUAAGGAAGUGCUCUCCAGCACCCACACCGUCCAGCUCGAGUGGUUCCGUAUCUCCAGCGCCAAACUGGCUCAGCCCUCCCGGGUCUCAGACUACCUGAUGGCGUUCUCUGAGGUGUCGACAGUGCUGCUGGAGCACGUAGUCAACAUGACAGACGGCAACGGCAACACAGCGCUCCACUACAGCGUCUCCCACUCCAACUUCGGUGUGGUGGGGCUGCUGCUGGACACAAGUGUGUGCAGUGUGGAUAAGCAGAACAAGGCGGGCUACACGGCCAUCAUGCUGGCUGCUCUCUCUACUGUGAAGGAGGAGGACGACAUGGCUGUGGUCAAGAGGCUCUUCAGUAAGGGCAACGUCAACGCCAAGGCCAGCCAGGCGGGCCAGACAGCGUUGAUGCUAGCUGUUAGCCAUGGUCGGCAGGAGAUGGUGCGGGCGCUGCUGGCAUGUGGCGCUGACGUUAACGUGCAGGACGACGAGGGAUCCACAGCUCUGAUGUGUGCUAGCGAACAUGGCCGUGCUGAGAUUGUCAAACUGCUUCUGGCACAGCUUGGAUGCGACAUAUCCAUUGUUGAUAAUGAUGGCAGUAAUGCUCUGUCCAUCGCACUGGAGGCAUCCCACAACGACACAGCUGUGCUGCUCUACGCCCAUAUGAACUAUGCUAAGACCCAGCCUGCUGUGGGGAGUCCAAAGGCCCAGCCAAGAAGCCCCACCAGCCCCCACAAGUCCUGGCCUUCAGACUGAACGGAUCAUGUCCGCUCAUGUAGACGUACAGACUUAACUGGAUCUGAGCUGUGAAAAGCUCCACUGGAAUUUACUUAAAUAUAUGUAUUUAUAUAUUGCCAUUUAUAAGUUUUGUUAAUAUGAGAAUAUUAUUUUUCCAUAAAGGUAGUGAAUGGUUAUAUAAUAUACUAGACUAAUAUGAGCUCCUAGCAUGUCUAAAUGAGGUCUCCAGUGCUUUUUUUCUGUGACAGGAGAUGAGACCUUUACAUUUAUUAUUUGCACUCUACUAAUAUUUUUACUGUUAAGGGCAACACACACCAGUGGGAUAUGAUAUCAAAAAAACCUGCACCCAUAAUUUUCCCUUUAAGCCCUCACACUGACAUCACGUUAUGGGUCCAGAUACAUCACUGUCUUAUAAUUAUCUUAUAGUGAAGUUUUAAUGCUGCAGAAAAUGUAUCAUAUUGGUUUGGCAUAUCCCGGCUACUCUCUCGUGACUACUUCUGUCUGCUUGUCCGGUGUGUACUUAAGACAUCACAUGACACGACACGACACAGAUGGUGUGUGUCGCCCUCUGGUCUUCUCUUUCUGUGCUGCCUUGGUUAACGGAUCUGUGAACCUCUUCAUGUAUGUUCACAGAAAAUAAAAAAUAUAUAUAUAUAUUCAUGUCUGAAAUAAACAUAUUUACAUAAAAGUUGA